CUGGCUGUUUUUGUUGUUGUUGCGCUGAUCUGUGGGUGUUGUGCUGUUGCUGCCUGCACAGGACAGCUGCCCGAGGGCUGGGAGCAGGCAGUCACCCCUCAGGGAGAAACGUACUUCAUUGACCACAAAGCCCAGACCACUUCCUGGCUCGACCCGCGAGUGGAUACCCGCCUCAUGAUGUCCCACCACCACCAGCAACACCUUCAGCAUGCGCAGCAGCAACAGCAGCAACAACAGCAGCAACAGCAGCAGCAGCAGCAGGUGGUUCAGGCCCAGAGCAUGGGCUCGCCCGGCGCCAUGGCCCAGCAGCAGGGCUCCCAGGCAGGCAUGAUGGCACUGCCCAACUCCAUGAGCGCCCAGCACCAGCAAAAGAUACGACUGCAGCGGAUCCAGCUGGAGCGCGAGCGCAUCCAGAGGAGACAGGAGGAGCUGAUGAGACAGGAGGUGGCGCUGUGCAGACAGCUGCCCAUGGAGUCAGAGAACAUGGCCUCAGUGCCACCAGCCGUCAACCCAGCGCCCAUGAACCAGGGCACCAUGCCAACCAGCGGAUCGGACCCCUUUCUCAACAGUGGACCCUACCACUCCAGGGAGCAGAGCACGGACAGUGGCCUCGGCCUCAACUGCUACACCAACUGCCCCACCACUCCAGAGGACUUCCUUAACAACAUGGAGGACAUGGACACAGGAGAAAAUCUGGCUCAGGGCAACAUGAAUGUUCCACAGCAGAGCCGCUUCCCCGACUUCCUGGACUCCCUGCCGGGCACCAACGUAGACCUGGGCACCCUGGAGGGGGCCGACCUCAUGCCCAUCCUUGAUGUGGAGUCGGUUCUCAACAAGAGCGAGCCUUUCCUCACCUGGCUUUAAAACGGCAAGGAAGUCAGACCGUCAACACACACUAAAAAGACUUUAUUUUGCUACCUUUCUUAUUAUGUAAAAAUCUGUGAACUCUUCUCCUCCAAGGUUUUUACUCGCGUGUAAAAGCAUUGUUGUCAUUAACUCAUUGAUUAUUCUUCCGCGAAUAGCUACCAUGUCACAGUGAAAUCCCUCUGAAUUCUGAGCUGAAUGCAGACACUAACCAAAGGUCCCUCAUCACGCCAAGAACAAAGCUGAACAUGUCCAGUCAUGGCUCACCAAGAAAAUGGAACAAAGUUAUCGUUUUAUAUAACGUUGGAGAUAGCAUUUUUAGCACGCCGUAUUUAGAAUAAAAGGAAAUCUAUAGCAUUCCUGUUUCUGUGUAGGGGUGAGACAGCAUGGCAAUGGGGAAAGGGCCGCCUGUAGGUCUUCCCGAGCUGUAUUUUGAAACCAGGAGCAGGGACACACACAGCCAGUAGAUGGAGCCACAGUAUACAGUAAAAUGGAAGCCCACGCCUGAUCCAGCAACACCCCAAUUCAGCGUCUGAUUAAACUCUGAAGUCUUUGAGGCCUUAGGGCUUCCCUCGAACAACAAUGCAGCCUUAUGAACAAAGUAUUUUUUCUUUCUUCUUUGUGUUUUGGUUACACUUUAGUUAACAGUGGCCAACCUCUUACUUUGUAGUGCUUAUGUGAAUACUGUGCAUGAAAUACUCCACACGCUGGGACUCCAUGAUCGCGCAUUUAGACCAUGGUGGCUUGUUUAAAAAAUGUGAUGUGUGUGUGUGUGUGUGUGUUUUUGUGUGUGUGUGUGUGUGUGUGUUUGUGUUUAUGUCAUUCAGCAAUUCAUUUGUUCAGUGGCUAUACACACAGUAUCCACAUUGGUGAGUGCGUAAAGAAUUAGGGCACCAGAACAUUUUAAAAAGUGUUGCCUCUUUUUUGCAUACUUCUCAGAAAAAUACCAAAUCAUUUUUCUACUGUGUGCCAUGUUACUAUAAAAGCUUUAAAAGGUGAAUUUUUAUUCAGCUAAACUUCUAAAGAAGCAAUAUUUUGUCAGCAUAACUGUUCUAAGCUGAUUUAGCUUUUCUAUCACUAAAGCUCCAUGUCUCUGAAAUGCAAUUUGUAGACAUAAGUUUUGUAUCAAGUUCUUUUAUACUGCUUACAGUAUUCUUUUUUAUAUACUGUAAAAUAGCCUAGAUGAGUUUCUUGCAUCUGGUGCAUUUAUGACUUUUAAUAUAGAGUUAGCAUUUUUAGUAUUUAUCAAGAGCUAUGAUUAAUUUUUAGAGAGAGAUUUUAGUAGGUUUUUUUUUAUUUUUUAAAUGAAAUUAAAAUUUCAAAGCACUACAAAUCAGCAAGGGAUUCAAGAUAUCUGAUGAAGUGGGUAUUGAAGUUAGAUCAUCUAGAUCAUCAUUUUUAGUUCCUACCUUUUGUUUUGGUUCUGGUUGAAUGUGUGGCUUUGAUAAUCCUUUAUAGAAGCAAAUUGACCCGUCUGAUCCUUGUUGUUUUCUAAAUUUGGUCUCAGAAAGUCGGGUGAUGUGCUUCUCAGAGGAGAGCAAGAGUGUUCUAAUACCUGCAGGGAAUAGACAAAGAUAGUAUUUUGUAUACCCGAGGUAAUUGUGUCAGCGGUUCAAUGGGACUGAUUGAUUUUUUUUGUUUGUUUCUGUUUUCAAACUGGAUAAUCACAUCGAAGCGAACAACACAAUCUAGUCUUCCUCUCUGUGGUGGUGUUAAAUCCAGUUUGAUAUUUCUUUUCUACAUUUGUCUAAAUUCAUUUGUACUUGCAUGUUGAAUGAGAUAUAUGCUAUUCCUAACCUUGGUGGACUAUUGCACCAUUCUGUAUGGUGACUUAACUGUAUCGGGGAUUACAUUAUGGGAUGUUUCGGGGCGGAGCGGGUGAAGACACACACUCUCACACACAUACACACUAAAAUGACAGCACGAGGUGUGAUAAAUGAGCAAAGAGGACAUAGAUGUGAGGUCACACACACGACACACACUCACACUCGGAGACACACAAACACACACUUACCAAAACGGCUCAUGACGUCCUUCACACGUUUAGGACUGAUUGGCUCAAUGCUGGGUCUGAGCUUGUGAACAUAAUGGAUGCCUAAGGUCGUGCUGGUCCUCCUAUAUCUCUACGGAGGACAGGACAGCCACUUGGGAUUGAUGACGCCCUGUUUUGUGGACUAUGCUCUGGGGUUCAAAAGUGGGGUCUACCGCUCCCCCUUCAACACUUAAGGGGCCACCCUAUGAACAGGGCUGAAGCAAGAGCUGCUUUUAGGAAAGUGCUUUUCCUAACAAGCUCUUAAACAAUUCAAAAGGCUUUUCUUUAAAAAAAAAAUGGCAUUGUUUUUUUUUUCUUCAUUUGUAUUAGAUAUGUAUUAAAAUGUUAUUCCAGAACAAGGUCAUGCUAGAGUUGUCACUGUGGGCAUUGCAGAGUAACACACAUGGCAGAGAAGAUAAGAGAGGCAGAGGACAGGUCAAGCUUAAAAGAAUGAAUACGACUAUUGCUGUACUGAGAGAUACACUUGUGCUUCAGUUUAUUUAUAUAUAAAUAUAUAUAUACAUUUAUAUAUACCGGUGUGUAUAUAUAUUUAUAUAUAUAAAUUAAAGUAAAAAUGCUGCAGUGAUGGGGAUGCCACUUUGGGUAAAAAAACAUGAUAUACUGGUAUGUGUAGCAUUCACACAAUGCAGAGAUAUACUGGUAUGUGUAGCAUUCACACAAUGCAAUUCUGCAUAGUGCAACAUUCUGCUACACACACAUAGGGAGUACUUUUUUAUUUUCUAAAGAGUAGAAUAACGGGGUAUGUGGAUGUUGAAGGCAUGCUAGAGCUCUGCAAUCACACACUCUCUCUCACACACACUCACACAUCCAUACACACACACAUAAACUAGACUGCAGUUUACUGUAUCCAGGAUAAGGCAGUGUGAAGUUCAUGAACAAUGUCACCUCAUCAAGAGGUCUCUGAAACUAAAAUGUCUUGUAACUUGUUAAAAAAUCAAAUAAAAAAUGGUUCUGCACCACUUAUGUUGA